CUGAUUUCUCACUUUCAGUUCCCAUUUGUGUGUUGAAGUCGACGUUGCGUGUUUGUCCGUGAAGCAACAGGAAAAACUUCACUAAAAGCCUUAAAGUUGAGACUCUCAUGCUACCUUGUUUACACGAUGGAAGGCUUUGUCGUGUCGUCUGCCUCAGAAGAAAUCCUUUCACAUGAGGCUGAGACUUAUCGACUGCCUGUGGACCUGUACCCCUACCUGAGUGGUGUGGGGGAGAUUUACGAAGACCACAGAUGGAACUUCCACUCUGAUCGGGUCCAACCACCAGACUUUGAGAAUUCCCCCGUGAAUCACCUGACAGAGCUGCAGGCAGUGUCUCCUCAGCAGCUGAUACAAUCCUUUCGCUACAGCAGCGAGCCUGUGCACCUCCACCUGGAACCUCCACUCGCCCCUCUCUCCCUGCCAUCACAGAUCCCAUAUUGCACCCCAUCCCUGUGCUACCAGUACCCACCCUCGGCUUCACCUGCACGCUACUACUCAGAGGAGGACAAGAGAGCCGUCAGCCCACCUCUGCAGGUCUCAGAGGGGGAAGACGAGUUCGACGACUACAACUAUUCCUUCAGGAAAGACACAAGCAACAAGAAGAAAAUCCGCCUAUAUCAGUUCCUCCUGGACCUGCUUCGGAAGGGUGACAUGGGUGACAGCAUCUGGUGGGUGGACCAGGACAAGGGAAUCUUCCAGUUCUCCACAAAGAACAAAGAAGCCCUGGCAACCCACUGGGGGGUUCAGAAAGGAAACCGCAAAAAGAUGACAUACCAAAAAAUGGCUCGAGCUCUGAGGAACUAUGGUAAAACUGGAGAAAUUAAGAAAGUGAAGAAGAAGCUAACCUACCAGUUCAGCGAGGAGGUGCUGAAGAGCCUCUAUUUCCGUCAUUAUCAUCACUGAUGAGGAAACAAAGGCUUUUAUCAAAAUCACAUCACUAAACUGGAAAAGACUUGGUAAAAAACCAAAGUUCAGUUUGGUUUUCCACCCAGUCUCCUGAUUUAUUUAUUGGUGAUGCCACAGUGGCAUUUUUGAAUAAACAUUUUCCACUCAAGCUAAAGUUUUACAAAAAUCAGACUAUGACACAUUUUUACUUUUCUAAAUAUGUAAAUAAAUAUGUGAAAUUCUACUUUUUAAUUCGUAUAAGCAUAAAACUUGUCUGUGUGCAUGACACUGGAUAUAUUUUGACUGACAGGACUUUAAAUUAUAGCUACAAAAUGAUAUUGUAUUAUUUUAGGUCCUAUUAAGACCGUGUACGGAAGAAAAUAGAAGCGAACAGAUUUAAAUGUGAUGAUAUUGCACCCACACACUGUGGAGUGCAGCACAGAAUGAACAGCUGCAGGAUUCUGUAGGAUCCUAUUUAAUGCAUCAUUGAAAUAGAAAAUUCUACAAUCAAUGUUGUGCAAAGAUGAAACACAAAUUUGUCCUGGAACUGCAGCUGCAAGUAUAUUGUAAAUGUGUGCUGAGAGGGUCUGAGCCUCUGAGAAUACAUUAAAUGAUGUGACCCUGGCUUCACUGCUGCAUCUGCUGGGCUUGGAGGACACCUGGAUGAAAAAGGACAAUUCAAAUGGAUCAGAAAGGCUGUCAAGAGUAAUGAAAGGGUUAUCUCAGUCUGUAAGAGAAUAUAUGAAGUUCAACCAGAAACAUUAAAUGUUAGAGAAUCUGAUUAUAUUUUGCACACGGGGAACAAGACUGAAAGGAGGAAAUGAGUAACCGUAUAUUUUGACCAAACAAACCACCGGUUCCACUAAACAAAGGUGAAGGUAACAUGUGCCCGAGCAUCACAGUAAUUGUUGUAGGAAAAAUGAGAAAGUAUAACAAUAAAAUAUUACUAAACAAUG